AUGGGUGGAGUACGAGGAACUGUAGGGACGUUGAUGGGCGGAGUACCUGGGAGUGAAGGGAUGGAGAUGGGUGGAAUACGAGGAACUGUAGGGACGUUGAUGGGCGGAGUACCUGGGAGUGAAGGGAUGGAGAUGGGUGGAAUACCAGGAAUUGUAGGGACGUUGAUGGGCGGAAUACCUGGGAGUGAAGGGAUGGAGAUGGGUGGAAUACCAGGAACGGUAGGGACGUUGAUGGGCGGAAUACCUGGGAGUGAAGGGAUGGAGAUGGGUGGAAGACCAGGAACUGUAGGGACGUUGAUGGGCGGAAUACCUGGGAGUGAAGGGAUGGAGAUGAGUGGAAUACCAGGAACUGUAGGAACGUUGAUGGGCGGAGUACCUGGGAGUGUAGGGACGGAGAUGGGGGGAAUACCAGGAACGGUAGGGACGUUGACGGGCGGAGUACCUGGGAGUGUAGGGACGGAGAUGGGUGGAAUACCAGGAACUGUAGGGACGUUGACGGGCGGAGUACGGGGUGGAAAACCGGGUAUGGUGAUGGGUGGAAAACCGGGUAUGAUGAUGGUGAUAUUUGGAAAUGAAAUUAGUGAAGAUUGCUGGAGAUGA